CCUUGAACGAUGUCAGACUCCGGUGUGACCUCCCUAGACACCCACAUAUAUACUUCACUGAUCAAUCAAAGUUCCAAGCAACCUCAAAGCCCGCAUGAAAGAUUCAUACGAUGCCAUCGCCGAGACUUACGCCGCUCAGUUCACGACAGCGGACGAUCCCAUACGAUUAGACUAUCUCAAGCGCCUCGUCUCUCAGCUUCAGCUCACUGGUCGCGACGCAGGUGAUAUUCUUGAGCUCGGCUGUGGGGCUGGCGUUCCAGCAACGAAGUUCUUACUCCAGAUGGAUAACCCAACGGUCCACGUCACGGGCAAUGACAUCUCAACUAGCCAGCUUGAUCGCGCACGCUCCAAUCUAGCGCAGUAUGGAAAACGGUUGACACUCGUGGAGGGCGAUAUGCUCUCACUAUCUUUUCCCAAUGACAGCUUUGACGCUGUGACUGGGUUCUAUAGUAUCAUUCACCUGCCUCGCGACGAGCAGACUGAACUCAUGCACAAGAUUGUUCAAUGGCUCAAGCCUGGUGGUCUCUUUCUGGCGAAUUUCUCCGCAACAGAAUUCUCUUCGCAAGAGGCAGAGAACUGGCUAGGCCAGGACAAAGGGUGGAUGUUCUGGAGCGGGUGGGGCGAGGAGAAGAGCGUGAAAAUGGUUGCAGAUGUUGGGUUGAAUGUCAUAGUCAAGGAGCUCCGACAAGCUACAGGUGAUGCAAAAUUCUUGUGGGUUUUAGCAAGGAAAAACAACGGCCAGCAUCCCAUCAUAUGAUAACGGAGAUGAAGGCGUGGCGUUGUUAGUAUUUCUUUUAUCGCACUUAUGAUACUUGAUACAUGACUAGGAAUAUGACCCGAGUGUUGACA